CAUUCACCAUCUCAACCUGACCCCCUCAGCCCCUGCCCUCCCUCCUCCUCCUCCUCCACCAGCUCCUCCUUCUCCACCUCCACUUCCGCAACCUCCACCUCCUCUUCGAAACGUGUGACCUCCCUCUUUCCCUCCCUCUCCUUGGCACUGACCACUCACCCCCUACCCAUCCUUUCCCUCACGGCACAAACACCCCUCCCGGUCCUUCCCACUCACUGCAUCCACUCACCACACACACGCACACUCUCACACGCAAAGGAGCAGUUUAACAGACGCCUCCACAGACUCACGCACACGAACACGCACACAGUUCCAUGACGUACGGAGCGUCGGGGAGCCCCAUGAGCUUAGUGGUACUCAGGCCUCUCCUUCACAGUCUUCCUUCCAAUAGGUGAUACGAGAAUCGCGGGGGACACUCCCUCUUAGGAACUCCAUAACAAAGCCAACCCAUCUCACCACCUUCUAUUCUUGCCACAUUCCAUUCACUAAGCACACCUAACAAACAUUCCAAUUAAGGAUCAAUUAGGUAACUUAUACAUUCCAUCCGAGCUGUUACUGAUACUUAUUGUUAAUCUACAGGUAAAAAAAACAUAAAGACGAAACAGAAAGACACGUUAGACAGUAUUAAUUAAGCUGCACAUUCAUCGACAUCUACCCUUUUCUCAUUGCCCUUCCUGUUAAGUUAGCAAUAACCUAAGCUAACCUAACCUAACCUUCACCUAAUCUCAAGUAAUACCACCACCACCACCACAACCCACAAACCGCCAAAAUGUUUCGCUCUUCACGUCUUCGAGUCCACACGUGCAAAAUUGUCCUCAUCACGUCCAUGGUGUGGUUUGCAAUGGACGUGGCGGUCAUCAUGUACUACAGUGACUGCUCCACGGGGUCUGGUUGGGGCUGCGGCAGAAUCGAAGCCGGCACAAGCCCCGCGAGGGAAGGACGGGCAGACCACCACAAGGGCCGCGCCAUCAGGAACCACCAGAGUGAACAUGAUGAUCUCGACCUGGGGGGAUGGCACUUCGACUACCCAAUAGGUCAGCUGAAGCGGUGGGAGGCGCGCCCUACAGUCCCGGAGCACCCUGGCUCGCCGGGGGAGAUGGGCAAGCCGGUGAGGACGCCGGCCGGGCAGGAGGCGCUAAUGAAGGAGAAGUUUAAGCUCAAUCAGUUCAACCUCCUCGCGUCGGAUUCCAUCAGUCUGAACCGCUCUCUCCCUGACGUGCGCCUCGAGGGGUGUAAGACCAAGAACUACCCGCCCCUCAUGCCCACCACCUCCAUCGUGAUCGUCUUCCACAACGAGGCGUGGUCCACUUUGCUGCGUACUGUGUGGUCUAUCAUCCAGCGGUCACCUCGCGCCCUUCUGCAGGAGAUUCUACUGGUUGAUGAUGCUUCCGAGCGAGACUACCUGGGCGAGGAGCUGGAGCAGUACGUGAAGACACUGCCGGUGCCGGUCAAGGUGCUGCGGACCGGGGAGCGCUCGGGGCUGAUCCGCGCCCGCCUGCUGGGAGCCCGCGAGGUGACGGGCCAGGUCAUCACCUUCCUGGACGCCCACGUGGAGUGCACCGAAGGGUGGCUAGAGCCCCUGCUGGCCCGCAUCGCAGAGGACAGAACGCGUGUGGUGUGUCCCAUCAUAGACGUCAUCUCCGACGAGACCUUCGAGUACGUCACAGCCUCGGACAUGACCUGGGGAGGCUUCAACUGGAAACUCAACUUCAGAUGGUAUCGUGUUCCUCAGCGGGAGAUGGAGAGGCGGGGAGGCGACAGAACCCAGCCUUUAAGGACCCCAACCAUGGCUGGUGGUCUCUUCGCUAUCGACAAGGACUACUUUGAGAAGAUUGGCCGUUAUGAUGAGGGAAUGGAUAUCUGGGGAGGAGAGAACCUUGAAAUGUCCUUCAGGAUCUGGCAGUGUGGAGGCCAGCUAGAGAUCAUCCCCUGCUCCCACGUGGGCCAUGUGUUCCGUGACAAGUCCCCGUACUCAUUCCCGGGGGGUGUGGUCAACGUGGUCAUGAAGAACUCUGCCCGUGUGGCAGAGGUCUGGAUGGACGAGUGGAGAGACUUUUUCUUUGAAAUGAACCCAGGGGCGCGGAGUGUGGAUUACGGUGAUGUGGGUGAGCGCAGGAAGCUCAGGAAGGACCUCAAGUGCAAGAGUUUCCGUUGGUUCCUGGAGAACAUCUACCCUGAGUCCCAGAUGCCUCUUGACUACUACUAUCUGGGAGAGAUCCGCAAUGUAGAGACGCAGAGCUGCCUAGACACACUGGGCCGCAAGAGUGGGGAGAAUCUGGGUACCAGCUACUGCCAUGGGCUGGGAGGCAACCAGGUGUUUGCCUACACCAAGAGGCAGCAGAUCAUGUCUGACGACAACUGCUUGGAUGCGUCCAACCCAAGUGGGCCGGUGAAGCUGGUGCGCUGCCAUGGGAUGGGUGGCAACCAGAUGUGGACCUACAACCAAGCGGAUGGGUCGCUGAAACACGUCAACUCUGGAAGGUGUCUCCAGAAGCCAGACGCUCGAGAUGUGACCCUGCCAGUGCUGAAGCCUUGUGAUGGGACGGCAGCACAGCAGUGGGUCAUGAAUGGUUCCUUCAAGUGGCAGGCCAAUUAACAACCUAUGAACACUUACAUUAACUAGAAAACUACACCAUAAUAUAUUGAAAUGAAAAUGAGAGAGGUGUGGUGCUUAAAAGUAUAUUUAAUGUAGACUCUGUGAUAAUACAGAAAACUUUCUCUUGUGGUGACCUAGUGUUUGUUGGUUGAUGAAUAACAGUGUGAUAAUGAACUGUUUCCUCUCAAACUAGAGUACUUUAUCAUGGUUGUGAUGAUGAGCAGUGCAACGUGACACCAGUGUAUGUGUAAGAAGCUGUCAUGAAGCAAGUGAUUAUUGCACAGCUUCUGAAAGGAACUUACAGGGUUUCUUUGGUGGUACUUAACACACAUAUAUAAGAGUGACUUUAGUUUCCUAGUGUCAGACCUGGGCCUGCAGAAAUGUGCACUAAUGGGUACUCCUAGACCUGCAAACAAAAAUAGGAUUUAUUGUAUGUAAUUUGGUUAUUAUUCAGAUAGAUGAAGAGGAAAGUUGGGUCUUGCUUGCAAAUAAUGUUGAUGAAAUAGUCCAAUGAUAUUCUGAGAAAGAAGGUUAAUAAGCAAUACUGAAUGGCCCUCAUAGUAACUAACAACACCCUAGCUGGACUUUUUCUUUUUUUCUACCUACAAAAGUGAAGCAUAGUGCAAAUAUUGCAGGAGUCAGUAAUGGUGAUAGGAGCUACACAUUAGGAGUGAUGUCUUUCCAUGCUUGUAAUUCUUCCAGACAGAAUGGACUCUUCAUAUAUAUAUAUA